GCCCCACUGUUCUCCCUUGGUGUUGCGGACCUUUUGUUUGUUUACUCCAACAUCCCAAGCACUUUUUCUCUGCAUCAGUCGAUCCCCAUUUGGAUUCUGCAGAUAAUAUUCCCCUUUGCUUCGAUUGGAGAGAGAUUCCGCAACCCGCACAAAGGACAUUAGUCGGUAGAGAUCUCCUAAAAUGACCUCCCAAAUGGUGACUCUCAGAACGCCUGACCUUCAAUGGUGGCUUGACCAUCUUGACACAGCAUUUGCUCCCGAUGUCUCGGUUGAUCUGCUUAUCGGGUAAUUCCCUUGAGUAAUCAAUACUUCUUAUGUGCUAACCUGCGUCUUGUUGGUGAAGUGUUCUCAAGCGUCGUAGCGUCAAAGGUCCAGACGCCGCUGCGGUAGCAACAGCUCAACUUUUUCUUCGUCUGAUCUACGCCCACCCGUUCUCUAGUAUAGGCGAUCUUGUGGAACAUAUAUCUUCAAUUGGGACUAGCCUUUCAAAAGCCGUACCCCGCGAGUUAGCUGUAAGAAACAUGGCUCGAAGAGUGAUUGGUAUUAUCCGUGAGGAGGCCGAAAAUAACGGCAUGGGAGAUCUUUUCCAGGCUGCACUGGAAACAGGUAUUUUUAUCCCCCUCUUGUUACCCAUUGCUCAAUAUCUGGACUCCAUAGUGAUUAGUUUUCACCUUUCCUUCUUAGAGGAGUUCCCUCAGGUUUCUCGUGCGCCUAUGAAGAGUGCCGAUACUAGGGCUCAACUCCCUGGGCAUAGUUCAUUUGCGAGCCCAUCGAGCUCUGUGACCGGGGUUUUUGAGAUUCUCUCUGCCGCUUCUUCGUCUCGUGGGUCUUCCGCUGCUUCAACACCCCCGUCCACGGGCAUUGGAAAGGCGUCGCAAGCACAAGCUGUCCAGUAUGAUAUCCGUCCAGCUGUGAUACAGGAUAUCCAAGAGCUCCUUGAGGAGCUUGAUUCUUGUGAACACAACAUCUCUGAGCUUGCAACACAGGUGAUCUACAAGAACGAAGUGAUUUUGACUUAUGGGCUUCCACCAUCUGUCCAUAAGCUUCUCCUUCGCGCUGCGCAAAAGAGAGAGUUCACAUUGAUUGUAGUUGUCGAUGAGAUAGCUGAUAUCAAUAAACAGGCUAGCGCUGCUGUUAUGAAUAGACCGAUGGGUGGGGAGGAGGUCGGGGGUGACCAGGAAACUGCUGCCAGAAAAUCGCUACAGGAUCGCGGAAUCCAUGUUAUGGUUAUCAUGUACCACGACCUUGAAAAUCUGAUGCCUAGGGUUAAUAAGGUGAUUGUCGCGGCCCGAUAUGUUUUCGCGGAUGCGGGCAUGGUUGCUGUUACAGGAACAGCGGGGGUUUUAAUGGCCGCUAAAGAAUACCGCAAACUGGUGUACACUGUUGCUGGAAGUCAUAUGUUCUGUCCCAUGACAACCUUUGGUCCCUACGGGCUCCUUGAACGAGGGCCUCCAGAUACCACACUUCGUAAGAUCAAUAAUUCUUUGUCAGUUCUAUUUCUUCUAAUCGCGUUGGUUCCCGUAGCGUAUAAUCCUGAAAGAUGCCGGCCCGCAACUAUACUUUCUGAAUACAUCAAAAACGGUUCAGUUGAUUGUUUUAUCACAAAUAAGUAUGUUGUUUCUCCCUCCCCACUUGCCUAAUGUGCUAACACAUUACAUAGCGGUCUUAUUGCCCCUAAUUGUGUUAAUCGUACUAUUAUAGAAAUGUAUCAUACUACUCAGUGUGAUUUGUUCUAGCCUGGAGAUUGAGGGUCUUGGAGUGCCAGUGCUUCUUUUGCAAAAAAAAGGUUUCCACUAUAGACUCGGGGUUUCACUUUCUAUCUCGGAUAUUAGAUGGUAAGGCGUCAUUGGUGGAAACCUCUUUUGAUUUUGUGGUUUUAUUAUAUUAAAUUUUAUGGGACAAGGUGUUAUAUAGGCGUGGGCUGUGAGCUAAAAGUUAUUCGUUCUUAUAGUUAAAAGCUAAAAAGGUGAAAAAAGUAAAAAGGAGGGACUACAGUACCAGUACGAGUGAAAACACCCUUGACUGGGGCCCUUUGGGUAGAAAACUAUCCGGGCCAAAGGUGUGCAUUCUAUCCUCGACGGACAAGCAAUAAAUAAUUUAAAGAGUCUGAUAGUAGACCACCUGAAGGGCCAAUAGCCAAACGACCAUGGACAAUUACCAGAGAGAGAUACUACCACCCAAUCUUAAUGGGGUAACAGUAACAACUAGAAUACCUCUAGUUGUACUAGCACAACGUAUUCCGCAGCUGGCGGGGGUAUAUAAAAGCCCAGACACGAAGGGCACUGGAAGAAACUGACUAGACGGGUAAAGCAUGUGACUGAGGGUGGGGGGAACAUAUGGCGGAUCCCGGGGAAACUGGGUCCUUCGGGACAGCGAAGUAAGAUACACGGUCCAAACAUUUGAGGUUAU